AUGCCGCGUGCACCAGAACACCGUAUGGAAGCACAGCACAAGCCCACGCCCACACUAAUCAACGACACAGCCGCCGAUACCAUCCGGAUCCUCAUCUCGACCGACAAUCAUGUCGGCUACAACGAGCGCGAUCCCGUCCGCGGCGACGACAGCUGGAAGUCUUUCGACGAGGUCAUGUCCCUGGCCAAGGAGCGAGAUGUCGACAUGAUCUUGCUGGCUGGCGAUCUCUUCCACGAAAACAAGCCGUCUCGGAAAUCCAUGUAUCAGGUCAUGCGUAGCCUUCGCGCCAACUGCUAUGGUGACAAGCCGUGCGAGCUGGAGAUGCUGAGCGACGGUAGCGAGCAUUUUGCUGGAGCCUUCAACCACGUCAACUACGAUGACGAAGACAUCAAUGUCGCGAUUCCAGUCUUCUCCAUCCACGGCAAUCAUGACGAUCCUUCCGGAGAAGGUCACCUGGCCGCCCUUGACAUUCUCGCCAUGUCCGGCCUGUUGAACUACUAUGGCCGCACGCCGGAAGCCGACAACAUCGAGAUCAAACCGGUACUCCUCAAGAAGGGCAAGACGAAGCUUGCCCUCUACGGUAUGAGCAAUGUCCGCGACGAGCGUCUCUUCCGCACUUUCCGAGACGGCAAAGUCAAGUUCUUUCAGCCAAGCCCCGACUCUGGAGACUGGUUCAACAUCAUGAGUGUUCACCAGAAUCACCAUGCCUACACCCCGAGCUCGUACCUGCCAGAGCAAUUCCUUCCCAAUUUCAUGGAUCUCAUUGUCUGGGGCCAUGAACACGAGUGCAAGAUCGAUCCCCAAAUCAACCCAGAAAUGGGCUUCAAGGUGAUGCAGCCUGGAUCUUCGGUCGCCACCUCGCUUUGCCCGGGAGAGGCCGUGCCCAAACAUGUCGCAAUCCUCUCGGUCACGGAGAACAACUACAAUGUCGAGCCCGUUCGAUUGAAAACGGUGCGGCCGUUUGUCUACAAAGAAAUCGCGCUCAAGGACUACGACGAAAUGCAAGAGAUUGCAUUCAUGAACGACAACAAGACCAGAGUCCACCAAUUUCUGACUUCUCAGGUUGACGAGCUGAUCGACCAAGCUCAACAAGAGUGGUACGACGUGCAGCAGGAAAAUGGCGGGGUGAUGGACGAGGAUGAGGAGCCACCGAAACCGAUCAUCCGUCUACGCGUCGAAUGCACAGCACCGAAUGGCGGCAAGUUUGACACGGAGAAUCCGCAGCGCUUCUCUGGCCGCUUCGCCGACAGAGUCGCAAACCCAGUAGAUGUCGUACAGUUCCAUCGCAAACGCAACGCAACAAGAGCUACCAAGAAUCAACCGGACUUGCCCGACGAAGAAGUCAUUGCACAGAUCACCAUCGACAGCGUCAAAGUCGACGAGCUGGUCAAGGAAUUUCUCACAGCGCAAUCGCUCACCAUCCUCCCUCAGAACAGAUUCAGCGAUGCUGUCAAUCAGUACGUGGAGAAGGACGAUCGGCACGCCAUGGAAGAAUUCCUGUCCGACAGUCUGAAACUGCAGCGCGACAGUCUUCUUCACACCGGUGAUGGCGACAGGGAUCAAGAGGACGAUGACCUUCCAGACGACGAUGUGAUGGCUGAGACGAUUGAGAACAACCGAAUCCGUCAAGAGGACGCUCACGCUAGGGGCGAGCUCAAACUUAGGCGGAAGAAGGGAAACAUUCGGCCGAAGCCGAACGGGUGGGACUCUGACGAGAAUGGGCCCUGGGAGGAGAGCGCAAUGUCUAUCAUGGUGGAAGAUGACGGCGAGGGCCAAGAUGGCGAGGACGAUGAUGGCGCCAGUUUCGCUUCAGGUGCGCGGCCUGCCCGUGGCCGAGGCAGCCGCGGUGGCAGAGGUGGUAGGACUGCAGCAGGCACCACACGGAAGACGGCCGCUACGACGAAGAAAGCGCCAGCCAAGAACACAGCGGGUCGCGGCAAACAAAAGCAACCUUCCGACGAUGAGGAUGAAGACGACGAUAUCAUCAUGCUCGACGACGACGACGACGACGAGGACGAGAGUCAGAGUCUCUUUGUCAGUCAAUCCGUGGCCGCCUCUUCACGCUCUCGCACUCAGCAACUUGACUCCCCCACGAAGAAGCCCGCUCCGAAGACGACUCGAGGCCGAGGAGGCUCGGCCGCCGCCGCUGCUAAUGGUAGAGGCAAGCAGACGCAGCUUAGCUUCGGCGGCAGCCAAGCGACGGGCACAGCGAGGACAAAUGGCACUGGCAGGGCAGCGGCUCCCAAAACAGCGCCGUCGCGGCGUCUCCAACCUAGUGAUGACGAGAUCUCCGACGACGAUGCCUUCGAACCGCCCCCGGCCGCACAACGGAGCGCGAGGACCGGUCGACGGUGA